AUGAUCUCCAAGCCCAGAUCGAUCAAAGGUCCAUGGACCCCAGAGGAGGAUCGACAACUCCGGAACCUUGUGAAGGAAUUGGGAGCAGAGAAAUGGGUCCUUAUUGCAAGCCGAUUGGGCUCGCGCACUGGAAAGCAGUGCCGUGAACGGUGGCAUAACCAUCUCGAUCCCAGCAUUGACAAGUCACCCUUCACAGCGAAAGAAGACGAACUCAUAUUCAAGUUGUUUGAGCAGUUUGGAUCCAAGUGGGCGGAAAUGUCUAAGCUGAUGCCAGGUCGUCCCGAUAACGCCAUCAAAAACCACUUCAACACAUCCAUGCAGCGAAAGCGAAGGCGCCUCAGUCUUCAGGAUCCCUCAGAACUCCAGAUGAAACUUCAUGACAUCAGCUCAGGGUCCACAACAGGCAACAUCUCACCGCUCGCCUCACCGACCUCUGCUACCUCGCCCACUGCGCUCUCUCGCAACCAUCGCUUCGAUCCAUAUGAGAGGCGACACUCCAUGCCGUCACUGGAGUUGGCGGCAAAGGCUCACGCAGGGUUCCAGGCAGCUCACGCACAUGGCGCACAGGAGAACCAACACGAAGGUCCCCAGACGCCUCGCAGCAUUCUCACACCUCCUAUCACCCCCGACACCAAGGGCAAAAUCCAGUUCUCUCCCAACAUGUCGCGCUCCAUCUCUAUGGGGUCCAGCGUCCGGUCAGCCUCUGGAAACUACCCUUCACAUAACAAGUCCCUCCAAGGCCCUAGUCCUGGACAAACAAGGCCAAACUUGCCUGGCAACCCUUCGAUCCACAAGUCCAAUGGUUCAUAUUAUGCAUCUACUUCGGCAGCCAUGGUGACGUCUGUCUCAUCGCCCAACACCUCCCUUGGAAACAAUAUGCAAAGCAAGAUGAUCCGGUCGUCCUCUGCCAUGGCAGUAUCGGGCUCAAGCGGUGCAGUGCCACCCCAUAACAGUCAUCCCGUUGAGCAUGGACAUGGUUACUACCAUCAAGAGCAUCAAUUGAACCACUCGCUUCCGCGCCCCGACAUGACCCGACACGAGUCUUUGGGACAUCACCCUAGUCGACAGAGUCAACACGAGCAUCACCGGUCAUUGGAUAUUGACCCAUUCUCGGCACUGGCAGAGUUGGCUAACUUGGCUGAGCAGCAUCGCGAGAUGCCCGUUCGAGAUCGACCCACCACCGUUGUUGUCCAGAGCAAGGAGGAGCCAACAGAGUAUGGCCAUGAAAGCGAGUACGGAGGACCAAGGAGGGCGUCCAUGUCUGUGAUUUUGGACCGCAACAACGACAUCGAGGAUACUGUGAUGAGCACCAAGAUCGCCAAACCGACCAACCUCGCUCGCCGAUUCUCGACCUCUUUAAGUCACCUAAAGGAAGAGGACCAUACCGAGGAACAUCAGGGAUACUCUCAGUACAACUCCCAGCAAGGGCACCGCUCGUACCAUAUCGACCAACGACCUGGACCUGACGGUUUUCAAGCUGGUCGCCGACACUCGCUAUCUCCGACUUCAGGAUUGUCGCCACCAGCCUACUUUCGGUCUGAGCGGUCGUCUGUGGACUAUUCCAACUCUGAGCACGGAUCUGACCGCGAUCAGGAUGACAUGGAUAUGGAUCAUGAUGUGCAAAAGCAGAAGCAGGCUUCGCCCAAGCCUAGUGCCUCCUACCUUGCGAUACGUCGUGGCUCGGUCCGAGAACUCAUGGCCAUCGACAACCUCUGCCUAAGUUCUGAGGAGAUGGAACGCCGAUAA